AUGGAAUUCAUCAACAGACAUAUUGAUAGAAGACUCAAAACUAUUAGGUUUCGUAUUGAUCAUGGUAGCAGGACGAAUGACGGAUCUGUUGAUAAUAGUCGUAACUUUAUUGUGAUGCCUUACGUGAAGGGAUUAAGUGAAAAUGUUAAGCGAAUUUUGAACCGUUGCAACGUGGAUUUUGUGUACUCGGUGCCUAAGAGAUUGAAUAAUGUCAUUAAACUUGGCAAAGACGUGGUGGCCAAUAAUCAACAAAUGGGCGUUGUGUAUGAGUUGAGUUGCGUUGAAUACGAAUCGGUCUACAUUGGUCAGACUAAGAGACACCUUGAAACACGAGUUAAGGAGCAUAAAUCGAACAUUUGUAAAAAAGACAGUUGUUUGUCGGUAGUGAGCAAGCAUAGACUUGAAAACGAUCACAAUUUUGACUGGAAUAAUUGUAAAGUUUUGCAUCGAGAGAAUCACAGAAGGAAGCGUGAGAUUGCGGAAAUGUUUUUUAUUAUGCGACAAUGUAAUGCGAUAAAUCUGCAGAAAGAUACAGAUGAUUUACCGCCUGUUUAUGACACGAUUUUGGGAAACAUGUAG